UGCGCACUGCUACACUCUUAGCGCUACCUACGGUAGCCCUACUCUGACAGCGUAGUGCUGCGCAUGCGCUCUAAGUUUUCUACGGAUUGAGGUAAUUUACCUCAGCUGCGCCGUCGGCGGCUGAUGACGUCAGAGAAGCUGAAGUGGUUAUGAGAAGUGUAGGCGGCGCAGUGUGCUGAGGCAUCUCAUCAUGCCAUCCUGUGUUGUUCGUGGUUGCGUUUGUACAUGGAAGAAGCGUGAUCCUUCUAUAAUUCUUCAUUGUUUUCCAAAAGAACCUGAAAGAAUUAAAGUUUGGCUGCAGCAGACAGGACAAUAUGACACAGACAUUGACAAAAUGGUUGAAAAAGUUUAUUUAGGAAAAGUAUACGACUCAUAUAGAAUGUGUUCCUUACAUUUUACACAUGACAAUUACCACUAUGAUGGUUAUCGGAGAAUUUUAAAAAAGGAUGCCGUUCCCACUAUAUUUAUUAAAAAAUCACCAGCUAGAGAACCAUCAAACUCUUUACUAUCCGAGUCAGGACCACCAAGCUCUUCUAGUGAGCAACAUAUUCAUUCUUCUGCACCUGCUGAGGACCAAAAGCUAUCUGGUUUUGUUAAAGUACAAGAAUAUCUGGCUGAGGUUCCAGAUGUUCAUUCAUAUUCAAAGGUAUCACAAACCACUAUUCAGCAAGUGACUUUAGUUCCUGUGGUUCCUCAGCAUGUUUUUUUUGAAGCAGGCACUAUUAGCCAUAAAUCUAAUUCAAUAGUAACCUUUCAAUCAGUUGUACCCACUACGUCUGAGGCCACACAAAAUCAUUCUGCCUUGUCUGAUGUAAGUCAGCAGUCAUCUGCACUGAGACCUUCUACCUCAUCCAUUCUGAAAGUACCGUCAUCACCAUCGUGUGUUCAGCAAAAUACAUCUACAAUUUCGCAAAUCGCAGCAUCAUCUGAUAAUGAGCAACUGGAACAGGUAACACCUGCCAACCUGCAGCAAAUAUCUUCAGCCCCUAUCACAUUUCUGCAAAAAUCUUACACUGGUGUUGCUAAAAAUUCCAGCUUGCCUUUGGCUAUACAACUCAGGCCAGACACUACAUCUUUAAGCACCAAAAUGCCACCUUCCACCACAUCUUCGUGUCCGAUAAUAUCCUCAACCCCAGCACCAAGUCCUAUAAUCUCUACCUCUCCGAUUGAUAAGUCUUCCUACAACACUAUGACAACUCCACCAAGCAGUAUUGCUUUAGCCAUUGUUCGUGAAACAAAGCCAUACUCAACAAAAGUUUUUCCAGUUUCUGAAAAUGUGUGCUCUGUGACACAGAUGCCACCAACCACAUCUAGCUCAGCACAAAAACCACCCCCAAUGUCUGUUGUCCACUUUCCUUUUAAAACACCUACUUCACAAACAGUAAUUCCUGAUUGUCUGCCACCAUCAAAGAAAAGAAAGUUGGAGGAAAUGGCUUAUUUGGAACCCAGUGCGGCAUCCUCUUCUGGUCCAAGUGUUUCUCAUAGCUAUUCUGUGAGCCAAACAUCUGUUAACACAGGUAAACUUUAUUUUGUUGCAAACAGCACACCAUUAGGCCAACCAUCUUGUCUGAAGCCUUUGAUGGUUGACAAAGGUGUCAAUACUGAUUUCUUUACAAAUAAAAAAAGUUGUUGUGUUUCCACUGACCACUGGCAUUUGAGAAGAAAUGCACACACACAAACUAAAAUUAAUACUAAGCAUCGCAAAAUUAUGUGCACCUUAAUAGUUCCAAGCAACCCAAUCUAUGACUCAAAUUCAAACAUAUCGGAUGUCAGCCCAGAAGACAUCAAAUUUAAUGUCCCCAGUCCUCCCAGAAGAAGUGAUAAUGACAAUGAUUUGUGUGAAGAUUUGGAAACUGUUAAUUUAAAUCUUGUUAAAGUUGAAAUCUUAUCAGAUUCUGAAAUGGAUGCAUCUCUAGCUACUGAUUCAGAUGUAAAACAAGCAUUCUAUAUAAAAGGAGAAAAUGUCUCAUCUGCGGGGCAAGCAAUUCCCUUAAAAAGUACCUCUCCAAUACCAGAUCUUUACAUCAGUUCAAUGAAAGUAGAACCUAAUGUUAAAACAGAAGACGAUCAAUUUUCAACUUCUAGUUUUUCACAAGAUAUCUCUCAACUCGUAUCCCAAAAUCCCAAAAUUGAAAGGAUUUUACCUAUUACAUGUGAACAAUUUGCCCAAUUUUACAGAAAUCAAGCACCAUUGGAAACAUCUUCCAUACAGACUGAUGAUGAACCAGAGGACUCAAAUGUUUCCUCGUUCUAUAUCAAUGAACUAAGUGAGGAUGAGGAUGAAUCAUUUUUAGUUCCAAGUGAUGCAGAAGAGGAAGAUGAUGUAAAAUAUGUCUUCGAAGACUUGGAUUCACCAGUGGAAAAUCUUGUUGAAGAAGAAAAGUAUAUUGUGUUUGAAUCCUGUCUUAAGAAACUGAUAAUGAUGAUACCGUGUAGAUCAGAAACAAAAUGUAUGUCACCACUCACUCAAUACAGAAAGGAAACUGUUGGAUCAUAUUUGUCAGUAGAAGCUCGGUGCAGUUCUGGUCAUACAAGUUUACUGUGGGAAAGCCAGCCAAGACAUGGAUAUGAACCCUUGGGAAAUGUUCUGUUAUCUGCCGCAGUGCUUUUCAGUGGUUCCAGUUUUGUAAAAUCCCAACAUAUGUUUAAAUUACUUAAUUUGAAAUCAGUAGACAAAACUACCUAUUCUAGAAAUCAGUCUAUGUACCUGUUUCCAACCAUCAGUCAUCAUUGGAAGGAGGAACAAAAAGCAGUCAUACAAAGUGUCCUGGAAAGGCCACUUAGCUUGGCAGGAGAUCAACAACUAGACAAUCCUGGAUUUUCUGCCAAUUAUUCUACAUACUCUUUGAUAGAUGUGGGCAGCAAAAAAAUUUGUUCAAUUUCAGUGGAGCCGGUGACUCCACAAGUGACAUUAGAAGGCCUAGAAAAUAUAGGAUUCCAAAAGUCUAUGGGAGAACUCCAAACUAUGAAUGCUGAUGUGAAGAUGAUUGUUACUGGCAGGAGUAUUGCUAUUCAAGAAAUGCUAAAGGACAGUUAUCCAGGUAUUAUACAUCAAAUAGAUCUAUGGCACCUAUCCAGAUCAAUUGGUAAUGAAGUGUUAAUGGCAGCAAAACAUAAAGACUGUGAAAUCUUAUAUCAAUGGGUGGAGGCCAUCAGAAACCAUCUUUGGUGGAGCUUUAGUACAUGUUGUAAAAACCCUGAUUUGUUAAUCCAAAAAUGGAAAUCCGUUAUUCAUCAUGUCACCAAUAUUCAUGAAUGGGAUGGUGAUGGUGAUUGUAGAGCAUGUCAUCAUCCACCUCUCCCAGAAGAAGUGGUUAACAAUACAAACUGGUUGGAAAAAGGUUCAGCCGCCCAUGAACAGCUCAAAAAUAUUGUAGAAAGUUCCAGUUUAUUAAAGGACUUAAAACAACUGUCCUUCCAUUGUCACACAGGAGAAUUAGAUAUAUACAACAGAACAUGCCUAAAAUAUCGUCCAAAAUCAUUACAUUUCUUCAAGGACUCUAUGGUUGCACGUACACAACUUGCAGCCCUUGACUAUAACAGAAAUGUCCUUACGGUGAAGGAAGUGGUGAGAAAUGCUUCAAAUCGAGAUGCGUUAGGUAGUAUGACACAGAGAUUGGAGGACUCCAAAGGUGAAAAGUCAUGGAUUAUGAAGGCGCUGUACAAACCAACUUGCCAAAAAUUUCUUUUUGACAUUAUGAAUCAUGUCAUAGCACUUGUCAAAGAGGAAAAAACAUUUCAGUGACCCUCCAGUUAUGGAAAAGUACCAAUUUUAGCAUACAAAUGUGAGAUGAUUUUAAAACCGUUCUUUGGGUGGUCAUUUAUAGACAUUUACUCCUAAAUUCUACUGACCAAAAAGUCCCAUCGCCACCCCGUUUAGAACAAAUGAGUCUGGGGAUGAGAGAAGUUCUUUUGAAGUACUUUUUUUUUUGUAAAUUGCUAUUUUUUUUAAUAAAUAGAGAUUGUGCCUCCGUGGUUUGCUUGGAGAGGCAGCUGAACUUUCACUGUUCAUUUCUGUUAUGGUUAAUAGAUGAUUAAUAUGGAAUUAGACCUUUCUUUUUGGAUUGGGAAGGGUCCUAUUGUGGUCAACAAAUAGUUCAUAUUUAAAGGGGUUA